AUGUCAAAGCUGUCAGCAGAUCGUCCUCCACACGAAUUCGCAUCCCCUCCAGCAGCAGCAACAAAUCUUUUAGGGGAAGCGGGGAGGCUGUCGUCCCCUCGUGCUCAGCUCUCUCCACCUCAUUCUUCGUUUCCUUUGAGUGGGCGUCAAACGUACUUAAAAGGGCGUUUAGAAGAUAAAAAAACCACGAAAGAAGAUGGGUUUACUCGUUUGUCGCCAUCAGUGCAUUUUCAGAAUCUUGCGCAAUCAUCUACUACCACCACAUCAACUGCGCCACGAAGCAUGACGACAUCCAGUAUGGGGAGACCGAGUGAGGAGUGCUCGCGACUACAGCUCUCAGAGAACUUUUCCGAACUUUGUGUGUGCUCUGAAGAGAACUUUAACAUGUGGCUGAUAGACGUUGUUGUGGGUAUUCCACCGUUGUCUGGGCAAGCCAAUAGCCAAGUGGAGGAUAGUGAUAACGAUGCGCCUCCGUAUUUAAAGAAGAAAAAUGGUCUGAAUGUAGCCUUUGACAAGCUCCAACAGGCGAUUGUUGCGCUUGAGAGGUAUCAAUACAAGUUACUGGGGCAAACCCAUAUAUUAGACGCUUACUAUGAGGCGCUAGAGGAGGAUAUCCGGCAGGGCAACGACCCCCUUCGAAAAAAUUCAGAGUUUCACUAUCACCUCCGGGAAAGUCGACGCGCAGGGGUCAAAGGAAAGUAUGCAUUCGAGCAAAAGAACAUCCAUAGUCGUUUGGAAAAACUUUAUUAUGUAGUUAGCAAAUUAGAAGCCACGAAGGACUUUCGGACGUUGAAGAUUCCCAUCGCGCCGACGGCCACCAUGGGUGACGUCUACACCCCGGACAAGUCCAGCACGGCGGUGUCUAAGGAUAAAGAAGUCCUUGGCAUUGGAGAGAACCCGUUGGGUGUCGCGCAUGCCGUCUUAAAUGCCCUCCCUCCUUCCCAACAGGGGGGCACAUCCGCCGAUUUCUCGCUCGUCGACAUCCCCUACCCGCCGCUAAAAGGGCUGCCCCCGUUUCUGGGCAGCUUUCGCGAACCCGAUGGGGGUUCGAUGGGUGGAAAGCACCAGAACGACAGGGAUUCUCCACGACGGCAAGCGAUCCCCCCAAACCCGUUAGCGUUUCAUGAGUGGCGGCAAUCCCUUGAGACCCUCGAGCGCAGGGCGAAGGAGCUGCAGGAUCGCCUUGCGCUCCCGCUCCCCGCGAGUGAGGUGAUCUCACGGCUACGAAAUGAACUGCUUUUUUCCUUUUCCGCGCGGGUGUUGGCGUUACGGGAUUCCAACAAGACGUGGGGCUGCCGCCGCGUGAAACGCGCGGUGGAAACGCGAACGACGGCGGAUCCUCCUCCUUCUUAUUCUGCUGCUACGUCUUCGCUUUCCCUUCCCCCUUUGCCCGCACCCGACGCGCCGUCGUCGUCGUUUUUUCACCGCCGUGUAGGGGGGAGUACGGGGUCUUUCGUGGAGUGGUACGUGAACGAGAUCGUCGAUCCGUUCGCGUUGCGGCAGCUUCUCACGAUGGUGCCGCUGGAUUCCGUUGUUACGACGACGUGUCGGCUGAUUUACGCGCGCGAAGCGCAACAACAGCAUCAACAGUAUCAACAACAACAACAGCCACAGCAUCCCGCGCGGCGAAUCGCGCUCAGCGGCGAAAAAGGCUCCCCGCGGCGGUUGAAAAUAGCCACCCCUGAGGGGGUUGCUGUGGGGGAGGCUGCGGCGCCGCUGCCCGCCGAUUUAGCGGCGCUGCCGGAUCUCUCGCACGUCGUGCUCUGCGCGAUUCAGGAAGGUCGCGUCGGUGCCUUCGCCAAGCUCAUCCUCUCCUCCGUUGUUUCUUUCCUCGAUGCGCGUUAUUUAGCGCUCACGAAAGUGUUGUUUUUUUAUGCGGCGUUGCUGAGCGGGCAGAUCGAUUUGGUGGAGUGCAUGCUAGGGUGUGAGUUCUUUCACGACCAAGCCUUGCAUGUUCUUUUGUUUUUAAGCAUGAACGCGCACGACGCGGAUUGCGCGGCGUUCCUUGAUGCACAGCUUCACCUGGUGAAGGCGACGUUACUGGAGUAUCAGGAGUCCGCCGACGAAAAUUGCACGGUCGGAAAGCCGCUGAGCGGUAAAAUCUUGCAGGACGCCUCCUUAGCGAGCGAGGAAAGCGGGCAGCAGUUGUUGGAGCAGUCCUCAUUGCUAUUUCUGCAGCACGAUACUUCUGAGCUUGUCGACAACGAUAGAGACAACCCGAGUGAGAAUAAAGAGGAGAACUUCUUGUUUAACUCAAAGCAAACGCUAUCAUUCGAGGAUGAAAAUCAGGAAACGGAGUCGAAAGGAGAUGAAGACGCGUUGUUGACCUACUACGGUGGCUACGAUCGGCUCAAUCGCUCGAGCUCUCUGAGGAGUAACGCCUCGCCUUUUUCAUCAUUUUUGGAUGGUUCCGUGCAGCGGCUUCGGCUUUUUUUGCAGGUUCGACGGCUAGCGUUGGAUAAGGAAAAAAGAGAGAAGAGUCCCCUCAAUAUCGAUACGGCGAUCCACUCCUCCACACAGGAAGCCCUUUUGCACAAUUUCGCCAAAAAGAUCGAGGAGCGACUGGAGCGGGCGCAUCUAAAGGAGGUCGUCAGUGGGGAGGGGCCGAAAAAUACCCUGGAGGAGCCCCAUGAUGAGAUCUCGUUUAACGAUCUUCUGCUUCAUGGGAUGUUGGAUGCGUGGUCGAUUGGAUCGCCGGAUGCGAUAACGAUGCCUUCCUAUUCGACGCUGUAUUUACGUCGGGUGGGGUUGCGCGGGUAUGUUCCUCUUCGUCCGACGGCGCGGCCUAUCCUCGUGCGGGGGGAUACCUAUGUGGAGCUUCUUGAGCCGACUAUGGGGGUUUUUCCUUCGAGAUCCUGCGGCCACUCCACGCCCUUACCGAAGGCAACGCGAUCGAAGGCCGGGAAAGCGCGUCUUCACGGCAACAGAAGCGUUUUUUACUACGAAGGGAAGGUCUCCGUGGACUUCCUCUUGCCCCCCGUAAGAAGGGGGGGUGCUGGGGCGCAUCCGAUGACAAACAUCACGAUGGGUUGGUGUACGGAGGAGGUGGCAUCGCUCGGGAAAGAAGGGGGACGACAUCCCCCCGCCCCUCCCAUCGACCCGGUCUCUGUUUUGCCCCCUCCAACGCGCGAGGGCAUCGUCGACGACGGAAAGCCGAACCCAGAGGAGCUGCUGUGUGGGGAGAUCCCUAGAAAUGGAUUAGGCGCGACACAAGGUGGGUUUGGCGUAUCCUUGCAGUUGAUUUACCAAAAGCCUCGAGAGCCGGCGGUGGUGCGGGAGACUGCAUCUUUCGUCGAGGAGGUGGAGGAGAUUGUGUGGGGCGUGUGGAGGCAUUGCAAUGGGGAAACGACGCCAGUGAUGCGGAACUUGACGGAUCCAACGAAACCACCAGAGAUGGUGUAUCUUCGCAUCCUUCGCCGUGAUAUCUGUCGUGGUACGAACCUCUGUCCUCGCCGUUUUGGCACAAUCUACCCCAAAGUGGAGGUGAUUACGAAAUCAGACCUUAAUCGCCCUCCGUAUGAAUCCGAUUGUGCAAAUCAGAGCGGUGGGAAAGGGUCUAACAGGGCUGGAGAGGAAAUUUCUACCUCCGAGCUGCCACCGUACGGGCAUCAGGGGGAAUAUGGGGUCCUGGUGGAUGAUGAGAUGCCAUUAUACGGCACCCAUGCGCUUAACUUUGGCUUUGCGUACGAUAUCGUGAAGGAUGAGGUAUCCCUGUUUGUCAACGGGGCGGCUUUAGGCGUGGUUUUUUCAAAGAUCAGCGCAACGACUUCAGGUUCUCCACGGUUCCGUCGUUUGUACCCUGCUGCAACUCUUUUGGCUACACAGGAGAUGGUUGAUGAGAUGCAGUUUCGUGUACUCGACAUGGAAGAAGACGAGGAUAUUGAGAGAGAAAAGCCAAGGCUGGGCGCCGCGCGAAAUGACCGCUUCAAAAAUGCCACCGAUGAACCCAACCAGAACGUUUUGGAAUCUGCAACCGUACUUCGUUUUGCCUUUGACAAGGAUAGCUUGAUUUUUUAUAAUACCAUCGAGGAGUAUUUCAACUUGAACAAAGCACUCAUUCGCCUCGGGGUUCGAGAUGAUGUGUCAGCGUACGGCGGUGCGCUCGGCUUGGAAAGAAAAGGCGCGAAGAGGUCUACCGCUUCGUUGAAGCCGUUGCAGCUCUUCGACCGUUCUUACAAGCUCCGCCUCUUGCUUCGCAUUUUGACGUCUUCCCACGCAUCUUUCACGUCUCUCAGCGCUCACCAAGCGGCCGAAAAUGCGGGAGUCGAGGGCGUUUCUGGGACGGAAAGUUCCGCGCUGAUGAUGUUCAGCUCGACAAUUCCGUCAGCCUCGACGCAUCCGGAGCUUAUCGGGACCUUCUCGAAACCACUCAUGCGAGGCGGGCAAAAUCGGAAGCCCGGCGAUGGAGGAUCUUUAGGACUCACCUUCCACUGCCCCGUAUGGAUUCCCCGACGUACAGGGGAUCCUCAUAACGUGAAAAAUGGUGGAUACUUCAUUGCUCCCUCCAAACCCAGACACUUCCUUCCAGGCGGCGCCGACGUGACACGUGGACGCGGCACGCAAGCUCACAUGAGAGCGAAUUACAGCCACUUUAUCGAGGGCAAAGACAAAGUAUACACGAUUAUCGCUGAAGACAUCCCCCUAUCACCUCUCUGUGCGGCUCUAGCCUUUAGACUACCCUAUAUAGCGUACGAUAUCCUUUCCAUAUCACCGCUGUCAGCGUUGCAUCUUUCGGACGAAACUACCGUCUUUUCGAAGGUGUCUAUUCAUUCUCGCCGAAUUGCUUUACUGGCCGCAUGUGCUCUGGGUUACGAAGAGGUGGUUCGAGUGCUGUGCAAGUUUAUCCCACCGCACGAAAUUCUUAAGCUCUUUGGCAUUCAAAUGACAAGUGACGAGUUGAAGCAGAUGCAGGAUGAUUUCUGCCGCCGAAAACAAACGGCCCUUCUUUCCUACGGUGGGGAGCGGUCUAUGCGCUAUGAUCGGUCGGAUUACUUUGAUGGUGACCCCUUUUGGGGCACUUCAUCGAUUUCAUCUAGCGAUUAUUCCAUCUUCUCAAGCAGUGUUUCUUUAGAUACCUUGUAUGUUGUGCGCAGGGGCUUGUAUACACCCCUACACUGCGCAUUGCUUGGAGGCAAUCACACGGAAUGCGCCAUGGUUCUGACAGACUUUCUCCAGAAGUGUCUCGCGCCCUCGACGCGUUCUCGAGCCGCGGUGCCGCCGCCGCAUUUAUCAUUUCUCAGCGAAGCCUUAAACAUGCUAACUCCUCUCGGGGAAUCCGCGUUGGCGAUGGCCGCUCGCCAUAACAACAUAGACUUAACAGUACGUUUGCUUGAGCUUGGUGCGAAGGCCACCGCUGUGGAUCGCUCCACGCGGGAGCACGUGCUUGAGAUUGCAUGUGCGAACGGCUGCGUGCCCAUCGCGCUUGCUCUUUUGGAUGCGCGGCGGGAAGGGCAAGACCGCUACGACGCUUCGUUGCUUAACCACGUUGGUGUGGCUUCAUGUUUGUGCUGGAGCGCGUUGAACAACCUGCCGGAGAUCAUUCCCUUACUCUUAAGUAGAGGGGCAGAUCCUCAAAUUAUGUUGGAGGAUAGCUCACCGCUGCUACUCGCGGUAACAUUCGGGAAUGAGCAGGCCGCGUUAGCGCUGCUGGAGCACACAUACAGCCGACAGGAGGUCGCGAAGCUUGUUCGACAGGAAAAUGAGGAUGCCCCUGGCUUAUCCGUACAAACUACGCUGGACUCGAGGUCGCUCGACGGCGCUGAGGUCGUAAAGAAGACGCAAACUAGGAAAGGACCUUUUCACGGCUCCGAGAAGCCGAUUCUCGACGUUGACGCCAUCGAACCCCGUUCCCAUUGCACCGCGCUGCAUAUCGCCUGUGAGCUCGGACAAAAGCAAGUGGUGCAGGUCCUCCUGAGCAAGGGGGCCUCGCUCGACAUUCGUAGCAAGACAAAUGGAUACACCCCGCUGCACACGGCCUUGCUGAACAACCAAGAGGACGUUGCCAUGACAUUACUGGCAUUUUCGAGAAACAAGCUGCGGCAUGGGAUGUGCGUUCUGGAUCUCUUGGCAUCCGACGUGGGCGGCAACACGACGUUGCACGUCGCCGCUCGCCAGGGCGCCUCGUCUGUCGUCGAGUACCUGCUCGAGCAGUUCAGCGACGAGGAAAUAUCUCGUCUAAGGGAGUUGCGUCCCUUCACCACACGAGAACCUGCUGUCGGGCUUAUUAGCGUGGCGAAUAACCAAGGACGAACCCCGCUGCUCGUUGCGAUUCACGCCGGGCACGCCUUCACCGCCCAGGUAAUCAUUUCUCUGACACCUCAAACCACCCAGCAGCCUGGCGGGCCGGUGAUCGAAGGGACGUGCGUUGCACUUCUGCAGGCGAUGAAGAACGGCCUGCACGAGGUCGUGAUGUCGAUGCUGACGCUUGGGAGUCAGGGUUUAUACCCUGCGAGCGAGGCGUUUCGUGAACGUUUCUUCGCGUUAUACAACCCCCUGCAGGAGGGAUCGGAGGACCCUGGAGGCGGGGGAAGUCAAGAGGCGGCCGAGUCUGAGACGGACAGUGGCAGAGACGACAGCCUCACAAACAGAAGCUCCGAGGCCUUCGAUGGGAGGCCCGUGUCGAGCAACAUCGCCGGGACGCUCACGAAUAGUAUGUCCACAUCUGUGCAGCGAGCCAACGAGGGCUCCGGCGGGAGAUCGGUCACCCGAAGCCGUUACCACACCGAGGCCGUCCGAGAGCGCAAUGGCCGGUCGUGUGUCAAUGUGAAGGCAACCAACUACACCGAGGCCCUCAUGUCGCGCACUCGGACGCAGACCAAAGGCCGAAAGAUCACCUCUUCCACGCAUUCCAUUAAAGCCAAGGAGGAACCCAUGGAUGGGAGAACGCAUGGGCAAACACGUCGUAGCUUCAUCAUGCGUGCACUUUUGGUGCGCGGGCGUGCGAUCACCCCUACAUCACCUCCUCAUGUAAUAUCGCAUCUUUUACGUGGGUUUGCCCUUCCUGAGGUGUUCCUUAUGUUGGAGCUUGUCUCAGCGGAGAGCCCAGUGGUUGGUAUUCAGAAUCCUUCCGCCAUGAUUCACGGUGAGGCGAUCACGGGAUUUCUUCAAGAGCAUUGCGAUGUGUACGUUGCACCUACGAGGGUCGUGCCUUUUUGUAAGGAGGUUUUUCAGUAUCUGCAGGAGCAUCUUUCUACUGAAAGUCAUCACUCCUCGCUAGCCACGCCUCAUCUAUGGUGGCUGAAUGAUGCACAGAUGCUCCAAACAUGGCGUGUAGCAUUGCAGAAGACGGCGAAGCUCAAGGAUAUCGAUGCCGAUUCCGCCUUAUGCCACCAACUCACGCAUGUUAUUCGAUUGUAUGGGCGACGGAAUAACGGCCUGACCGUUCUAGAGGAGAUGGAAGGGGUGGUAAAUCAUUACAUGAAUAAAGUUAGAACUUCUCAAAAAGAUAAGCCCUGUCUUUACCAACCUGGGAAAGUCAGCCUUGAUCCAAAGGGUGAUCGAAAGGUGGACGACCACACGAAUGCCACAUCAGAUGAUGCUGUGGGUAAGGGAAGCGAUGCCGUGUGCUACGACCAUAACAGCUUUGACAAACUCUUUACGGAAGAAAUGUUCGAGGGCUUGUUUAACUACUCGAUUUUGCAACUCUCUGCAUCCUUGGAGCUGCCACACGUGGUGUCAUUUUUUAUCAAGAAAUUUCAUCUCAACCCGUUGCAUGCCCCGGCACAGCGGGCGCGGAGGGAGCAGGGAUCCUUCCCGUCGAGUGAUCCGACCCAUCCCAAGUCUCAGCAAAGAGGGGAAUUACUGAAUGCCUACAUGUAUGCCUCCACACCCCAUCGGAAGCACGGCCCCGACGAGGACCACGUCGCGCACGACACGUCAUGGCAUUCCAUGACCUCCGUGGAGCCCGACCGCGGGUCUGGUUUGUUGGGGGGUGUCCCGCACCCUUCGGGUUUCCCCUUGAAGGAUCUUAACGAGCAAACCGACGCCAAGUGGCUGCUCUCGCCGUUCCGGAUCGCCCUGCGCACCCUUAAUGCCCCGACCGUGGUGGCCUUCCUGACGAGUCCGUCGGGGCUUCCGUAUGGAGGUGGGGGAGCCGUUGUGGAGCAUGUGGAGCCCCCCUGGGUGGAUCCCUUUCAGCGGUCUCCGCUAGAGGAGGUGCUCGGGAUGAUGCACGGGAUGGGGCCGAAUGGGCGCGCGCACGGUGCGGGGCGGGACCCUUCACCCAGGGGUCGAGGAACGCACCAGGGCUCCCGUCAGGCCUCCCCUGUGAAGACGUCAACGAUGACGCCCCGGAUGGCGCGGGCGCUGGAGGUUUGUGAGCAGCUCCUCUUGUAUGGGGCGACCACGAGUGGGCAUUUUGAUGCCAAUGGGAUGGACGCGUGGAUGCUGGCGGUGUCCAUCGAUGGGUAUGCAGGGGAGAGGGCCACGACAUUACUUCUGGCCAGCCAUAAGAAGUAUCACAGCACGAUUGGCGUUCCGGAAGAUCAGGAAAAUUACGUGGAGAUGCUUCAGCGGUGGCAUCAUCACAACUUCGGCCUGUCCCUUAACGUCACGUCAAUCGUACCCAUGUCGCGGCUCCCCAGAAUAGUUAGCCCAAAUUCCAAUGAUCAUGAAAACUUUUCACUGGUUCAGCAGACCGAUACGGGUUUGCUACGGAAGGGAGUGGAACGCAGCAGGCCAGGGUGUAAUCCACUCGGGGCUUCAAACUUUGAGCAGCAUCACUCUUCCUCUAUUGCCCCGCAUCCUGCGCAGACGACGACGUUCAUUUCUCCUCGCAUGCACUCGGAACCCCGAGUGAAUCUGGAGUCUAAGCGAAGUACUAAAGCGAUGGUGUUCUCACCGUUAGGUUCAAAAUUGUUCACAGCGAAAAUUGCUCAGCAAAAGGAUCCGUUCAUCUCGUCUGUGCCGGAUGAUAGCUUUCACACCGGCGACAGCACCCACGAGGAUAUGGGUUUCCAGUAUUAUUACUACGUCACGCUUCUCUUUGCCACGGCCGAGCACAACCCGGCUCUGCUCAAGACCAUACUCAAAGAAAUCAAAUUCACACAUAGUACGCAGGACCAAAGCGCCAUAUCAGUUGUUCAUCCGAUCACGAAAGACACUUUGCUUACCUUUAUUCUAAAGAAGGCUUACCGUCAUUCGCUUCUUUUGAGUGGCGGCCUGCCACAGGUGCCAUGUCAAGGUCAGACGAACAUCCGAGAGGGUACGAAAUUUACCUUCAAGAGGAAGACAUCAUUGCUUUUAGGGAGUAUCCACUCACACAAGAGCGUCACGCAGGGCGCAUCGAGAGACAGUUUACCACAGGUCCCACCUCGUACCCUUACGUUGCAGUCCGUGCAACCCCUCCUGAGGGUUGCGAUGAGCAUCGCCAAUCUUAUGGAGACUCCAGACUUGUAUCAUAGUGCCGGAGACGGGGAAACUGCCUUAUCCAUUGCGGUGCUGAUUGGCCACAUGGGUCUUGUCCGUCAGCUUGUUCUCGCGAAACCAUCUUGCCCGGAAUUGUUGAAACUGGUAUCAGGUUCAGCCUCUCUGCAGAAUACCGUGGGGUCAGAAGUGGCAGAAGGCGGGCAUCGGUCUAAGCAAACGGAAGGCGAGCAGCAUCCAAGCGACGAUCAAUACCACAGACUACUGUUGAUAAGUAACUUAUCUGAUGCGACUGUGCGUGCAAAUAUUGCAACUCGCCUGUACUACGACGAGGUGGACGGUGAGACGCUAUUCACCAUUUUAAGCUGUAUCGCCACGGAAGCAGGAAAGAGUGAGCUCAUCAACUUUCUGACGAUGGUGUAUCCUAACCUGCACCCCAUUCCCGCGCUCCAAAUCACCGCAGCCUACGCGUCCUAUGCAACGUAUUUCCUCACUGCACCAGCGUGCAUGAAUGCCUUCUGGGUAAACCUGUUGUACGCACAGUACGCGGGGCGGUUGGCUGAACUCAAUAUCACCACAGCCAAGUGGGAUCUCCUGCUCCAUGCAUUGCUCCCUGGUGCACCUGCAGCCGCGGUAUAUCUGAUUCAAAAGAAGUGCCCAGCACUUGAAAAUCCCAUGAAUGGUCUACAGGGCGCUUCCCAAGGAGGGCGGCAUCGCCUUGUGGAGGGAGUCGAAAUUGCAGAGGGGGCUUCAUCCCCAUUGCAGUGCCUCCGAGGAGACAAUAGAAAACCUACCCCGUCGCCUAAGGAAAAGAAAUCGAAUAGGGUACCCUUGAACCCGUGGAGCUAUAUUUCCUCCCGUGUGAGCCUCUUGCUGCAAAUGAUGGCACUUACCGCGGCUGACACCCUUAUUGUGAAGCCAACAGGGUUUCGCUCUUUCUUGAAAGCACCAGUCUCAGCAGAGGCGACAGCACCCUUACUUUUACCCAACGGCGCGAAGACUUAUCAAAACUCCUAUGAAACAAGCCAUGACAAGGGUACAACUGUGCACUUGAGUUCUACCACACCAACUCAAAACAACUCAAAGAAGGGUUUGCGUAUUAGCACGCGAGACCUCGCUUCUUUGGUAUCUACACCACGAAAUGAACGUGAGAGGGAAGGAAUGUCGGUGAGUAGCCAGCGGACCAGGGCGGGUGGAGGUGGUGAAAACGCCCUCGCUUGCGGCUGGGCCCACACGUUGCUUGGUGAUGUAGCGGAGCUUGCUGUUCGCUACGACGAUGUCGAUGUGUUUCUGGACCUCGUGCGGCUGCGUAUUCCACGGCAAGUGAAGCAAAUGCCGUCAAAACUACGGAUGCGGGAUCAGUCGCCACCGGGGUCUAAGCAAGGGAGGAAUGGGAAUGGUGGAACUCCAUCGAAUGCCACUCGUUCACAAUUUGCCGAUCCUUCGGUUGCCGCGGCACUGACCGCAGCCUCAGCUUACUGCCCCUCACUUGCGAGUGUGCACAAUACGUACCAACUGAACAGCGUACUAGAAAAGCUUCAAAGCGCACUUUGGCGUGAUAUCAUCGAGGAUAAACAUGUGGAUUUACUGGCAGUAGCUGCCGGAAGUAUUCGUCUGUUGCGGUAUUUGUAUGAGAGCAGCGAAAAUUGGUAUGCGGAAGAAGAAGCCAAGGGCUCUGCGGUGUUACAGCAGCUCAUGUCACCUUUACGGUACGACCGUAUAGACAUGCUAACCGGGAUCCCGGAGGGAAUUUCGUCCAGCAUGAGUAAAUCAACGGAGAUCUACCCACGAACCGGUGCAAAUGUACCUUUACACACUUCACUUUCGACCGUAACCAGCGUCCCAAAGGCCUUGGAGAUGCCUUGUCCUGUAGCGUUGGUGAGCAACUCUUCUUUUACCUCAAAACUAUCUACCACACACCGUAUCUUGGGUGAGGACUCCAUUGCUAGCAUUCCCGAAGUUUCAAAGGAGGAAGAAGCCAAAAACCAUACGCAUCAUUCACGAGGCUCUCAUACACCGACAAUUUUUCGGCACUCAUUGACCUCAGGACAUUCCAGUAGACCUGGGCAUGCCUCUUUCAGGGGAACGCGUGGGGGCUUGACCGUGGGAGAACAAAUACCAGACGAGGACGACGUGUACAACAGCGGCCGGUGGGUUGGUAAUUCUGAAUUGGGAGCUGACUUUACUAAGCGACAUAAGGUGAUGGCAGUGCUGUGGGGAACGGGCGCCGCCGCGAAGACGCUGGAGUAUGGGUCAGGUCGAUGCAAAGGUUUUGCAGCGAUGGCAGCUCCUCUUUUAAACCUCACCGUACCGCCAUGCCCCACAAAUGAUGAUUUUCGGCGAUCUCCUUUGACGCCAGGUGGGCACUCGUUACUCCCUUCGCAACAGAAGGGGGCAAAUGCAUUGCAUAUGACCGCAUUUCACAAUAUUGACCCUACGGGCUUCUCUAAUCAAUCCCAAUCGCAGCGGGUGUCCCCAUCGAUAGCAUCGAAUUCCUCCCCUAGGUGGUUUAUGUAUCUCAUAGGCGACUGGUGUAUGCACAACUCUUUAGUGUUGCACUCCCCCCACCCCUCCCUUGUGUCUCUGGAUGUUCUGGAAUUCUUUAUGAAUAGACGCGCACCGCUGAGCUUCUCCGUGCUUCGGCUGUUCUUGACGGGCACGUGGUUUUCCUUCACGGCGAAGAAUGAGCAGCCGCAAGGGGGCUGGUGGCAGCCCCCUGGCUGGCGCACACGUGGAGGGCAGCCGCUGAGUAUUCACUAUCAGAGUCCGGCACACGGCGACACCCUUUUACACCUUCUUGUUAUCAACGAUCAGUGCGAGCUAGCAGAGUACUACCUGGCAUACUGUUUGUACUACUUCGUCCGAAGUGGCCUAGAUGCACCACUCCCGCCAGCAUACCACAGUUGCGUCCCCGCCCUGCUUCGGGAGGUCGAGCCGAUCAAGGAGGCCGAUGAGGUCAGUAAGGGGGCCCAUAGUAAACCGUCGUUGCCCGUUCAUUUCUUGCGAACGAUGCUUCGCUGCAAUUCGCACGGUCUCACCCCAAUGGACUAUGCUCAUAAUCCUGGCAUGAUUUAUCUUCUGCAUAGUUACGGAUGUGUACCGCCAACCUAUCACCUGCACCCGCAGCGGCUCUCGCGAUGGCUAGGGUUUCGCACCCCCGACCGGUUUCAACCCUCCGGCAAGCUUCCUCGCAUUACCGCGGGCGAUCGCGGCGCCCGUGAGGGGAAGGGUGGUAGGAAGAAAUUUGUCGAGCCGCUCCGCACCUGCUUCAGCACGGAUGCGAGGAAUGAUCGCAAAGUAGCGUUCCCUAGCCAAUGGGAACGUGAGGAGGAUUUUUUUCCCGUUCCUCGCCUUGUCCUGAUCUCAGAGGAUCUUUUGUCGUAUCAUGACGAUAUCGAUGCGAAUACUAUCAAUAGGCCUAGCGAUUGCGUGCAGGGCCGUAGAUCUUAUAUUACGGACAUGACUCGACGAGGUUCUCAGUUACAGGGCUCGUCCUUGGGGAAAGGCGUCGCUCGGCGAGCAUCGUUGAGUGCGCCGCGUGUGCAAACUGAAAUAUCGGAUGCCGCUCUUUUCCGUGCCCUGCUUAUGUCGCAGCGUCUCACUAAUGAUUUCAUAAAGUCAAUCAUUCUCAGCGAUGACGUGAGUCUGCUACACAUUGGCUUGUGUUCAAGUGAUGAUGAGCUGGUCCAGCAGUACUGUUCCCUUGCAAAGCAUUCUCAAGACAGACUCACGGACGAGCACACUGCAAUGGAAGGGUCUGCUAGCAGUGUGAAGUCUGCGAAACUGAACACUAGUGAAGCAAGGAUGCCGGCGAAUGCAACGAUCCACGAUGUGCCACAGCCCCCACCUAUCAGUCAGAUACUUUAUCUCCUUCCACCGCUGCCUGGGGUGGAGUCGUAUUUGAAACUCAACACCUCUGUGUUGAAUUCAUUGACAAAUAGUUAUGGGAGCACUGAGGGUAUCGAAGAGGCUGCUGCUACUGAAACAACGGGGCGUAAAGUAUCACUCGGCAACCGAAGUAAAAGACAUAGUAGUCAGGUUCCCGAAGAGAGGGAGUCUAUUCCAACCACCGCAAAGCGAAGUAUUUGCUCCAAUCAGUCACAGUCCCACGGACCUGCUAAGCACGUUUCAUACAUCACACUGGACCUCCUCAAUUCUCUGGAACGACGUCCAUUUGUGGUGUAUCCUUUAUCUCUCCGACCUCUGUAUCCAGCAAUCGAGGAUGUCGAGCACCGACAAAACACUCUGCGCAUACAGAACCUAGGGAGUGCGAAGAGUAGAGACAGCACACGUAGGGUGGCCUCCAAGAAGGAACCCCAAUAUACCUCUUCCAACGCGUUUUUCAUGAAAAUGCUGUCUAUUCAUCGACACAUGAUGGCCCUGGCGUCCGCCGAGGAGGCGAAAAAGAUGCCGCACAAAUCUAAGCGGGAGCUGAUGGAGGACGCCUCGCUGUUGAUCGCCCUCACCCCGAUGCAGCUGGCCAUGGCGUGUGGGGCCGUCAAGCGAGGCCAGGGCGGGUCUCCCUCUGGUGCCGUUCUCCCUUAUCAAUACCAAAGCACCCUCCUCCGAGGAGGGGCCCCCCCUUUCUCAUCGAUGCGGGAUGCAAAAGGAGUAGGGGAGGGUUCUGCCGGGGAGGUCUUUUCGGCACCGGUGCAGCAGCCACCGCCCUUUUCUCUUCCUUCUACUUCCGGCGCGGCCUUGGCGAGCGCGCUGGACGCGUGGGUGGCGAGCGAGCGAGGGAGGUUGAACCGUGGACGAGCGGCAGCAACAGCAGGAGGAGGGCGGUUGUCUUCCCCGCGUGGAGGGCUCUCCUCGGGGCCGAUAUCGCCCAUCGCGGCCUCGUCGGAGAGGGAUACGGGCGCGCCAUCGGCAUUAGCCUCGAAAGGGGCUGUGGCCAAAGCGGAGCAGCAGCGUCUCAUGGGCUUGCUUUUGAGUGAGUUUGAUCGUUGUCUGGGCGUCGAGCGAGUCCAGGCGGAACUGGGGUUGGCCAUCAGUCCAAAUUAUGAUGUGAGCGCGGUAGGAGACGCCGUCGCCGCGGCACGCCAGUCAAAAGCAAAGAAGGAUCCUCAGUACAAGAAACGUCAUAGGUCACAGGAAUCUAGAAAGUAG